AUGCCCGCAACCACCACACAGACUGCCUUCCCAUCCUCUCCGUCCCUCGCAUCGCUCGCGAGCACCUCCACCGCCGUCUCCACCACCCCUCUUCACGGCCCAAAAUCGAAGGACUACGAGUCCGCGUUCGGCACCCUCCAAUCGCAGUACGGCCUCGCGUCCCCGACGCCCUCCCCUCCCACGCCGCGCCGCUCAAAAUCCCCCUCGUGGCUAAAGCGCGCGCUUGGUGCACCGUCGCGGUCAAGCCCCGCGCGCAAGUCGAAACCCGCGCCGCCGCCGAUGACGGAGGAGGAGCGGAGGAAGGACGUGGCGCGGCGGGCGCGCGAGGCCGGGUUCGCAAAGUUCACGGCCAAGUACGGGUUCAGCGUAGUGUUGCAUACGGGUCGGGUACGGGUAAAAUCCGCGUACCCGUACUCGACCCGCGGACUACCCGCACCCGCAUGGCACGGGUACGGGUAUUCGCGGGUAGGGGGCUUAGGGUCACGGGUAUGGGCGUCCAGUGGACUGUUUAUGAAACAUCCCAGAAGAGGAGUGAUUCAGUAA